AUGGUGGAUAACUUGAUUCGCAACUUGGAGAUCACUCUCCAGAACAUGCAAAAUGCAUAUUCCUCGCGUGAUGAGAUGCCCUUCUGGGCCACCAAGCUGUUGACGCCGACUUUCAUGGCCGUCGCGAUCUUCACCACCAUUCCACCCCCGGGUCCCACACGUGUCAUCGUCGGGAUGACAACCUUCACAAGUCUGUGGCUCUACGUGCUCACCCACUGGGUAGCAGGUCCGUCGUUCUUUAUGGAUGCGAUCUUUAUGGUCUCCAUCACGGUACGCUGGAUGCUAAUGUUCCUAACCGGAACCCCCGAAAUCGACUACUACCAGAACAGCAAAACCGCGACGAAGCUCGACAGCGUCAGCGGGGACAGCGGGAUUCUGCGAUGCUCAAAGUUCCCGAACAAGGUUAAAUGGAGCGUGGAGUUGUGGUCGUGUUGGCGCGGGCAGGGUUGGAACUUUGCUGACCAGCAUCUCAAACGAGGCGAGGAGCAGACCCAAUCUCGGUGGGAUUUCCUGAUUGCAAACGCGGCUAGAAUCCUUCUGAACCGGUACAUCUCCGACAUCGUUCGCAAGUAUGCGUUCUGCGCGUUCUGGCCGGCUCAGCAAACAAACGCAGCCAGUGUUGAUUUCCGUUCAUUGCCCAUGCUGCACCAACAUCUACUGGUCGCGGCUCAAUUGAUCCGAGAUGGCCUUAUGCUGGACAGCGAAUAUCGCAAGGCUUCGCUGCUCUUCGUGGGGCUGUAUCUUUCGACGCCGGAUCGUUGGCCAGGCCUCUUCGGCAGUCCGGCCGACUUGUACACUAUUCGGAAUUUCUGGGGGAGAGUCUGGCAUCAGAUCUUCCGGCACAUGUUCACGAGGUCUGGCGAGGUGGUGGCUAGAGCCCUGGGUGCGGAGAAAGGGACUCUGAUGUACAGAUAUACGAAGCUGUAUGUGGGAUUCUUGGUCUCCGGAGUCCAGCACUACGCGUGUCCGCUGUUAAUCCCGUCUCUGCACUACGGCUGGGGAAUGUUCUGGCAGAUGCCAGCAUAUGCUGCUGUCAUCACGGCGGAGGAUUUAAUCAAACACUAUGGCAAGAAAGCUGGGAUCCGGGAUAAUGGUUUUGUUCGCGGCCUGGGGUAUGUCUGGACGGCGUACUGGAUGACUUUGAUCUACGCCUUGCCUGUUGGCUAUGUCUCGGACAUUGGGGGGUUUGCGGGUGUGUGCGCGGCAUGA